CCUGUGCCUGUACAAGUCAGGCGAAUAAAGCUAGCAGUAAGACGGUAAAGACAAGGAGUUUUAGAGACAUUUUUGGAGCAGAAAGUCACCAUGCUGCGGGUGUGUGAGAAACUCCGUGAGGCGGACGAGAAGGGCAAGAGGUACGGACUAGCCCGGGCGGAGACAGAUUACCUCCGUGCCCUGGUGGACGCCAUGGCCGACACGGACAGGCUGGCGGAAGUGGAGCUGCUCAAAACUCUGGGCGACGUGAACGUGCAGAAGGGAAGACUCGGGAAGAACGUGGGCAGGUUUAACACAGCCUUGGCACUUUAUCUGGCUGCUAUGGUACGGUGUUAUCAUGAAGAACAGGCAGAUGGUAUAGAACACCGCUACCACUACACGGAGAGGCUUUUACAAGGGGUGUCGUCACAGGGCAAGGAAAUGCCAACUGAAGACAAGGAGACGACUACGCCUGCAAAGGUAGCGGAAAAGUUUCAAGAUCUGGACAAGAGACGGGCUACCGGAGGUAACACCGACUCUUUGCUGGUUGGAUACGCACAGGUGAUGGUAGAGGCGAUAGUAAACGACGAUAACAUGUUAGAAACAGAAGCGAUCAAGAGUCUGGGUGACGUGUACCUGAAAAGAGGAACAGAAACUGGAGACACUAGAAACUUGACCAGAGCUACUGCUCUGUACAACAGGGCACUGGCGCGGUGUCAUUACGUUCAUGGAACAAUUGUUAUUGUUCACCGCUUACUGCACACCGCAAAAAUCAGACAAGACAUCACCACAACAAGAAACAAGAGGGCAAAACGGACACAAAAACAAGACGUGAGAGGACGGAAGGACCCGUUCUCUCCCUUCUCAGCUGCGCCCUCUAGCGACGGGACUACCAGUCAAGUUGACGACAUAUCCUACCGCAGGUACAUGCAGACGGCAGACCGUGACUUGAGAAAUGGAGACCUGGAAGCAGCAGAGAUAAAACUGGCAGCCGCCCUGAAGCUGGUUCACGAUCGAAGUAAAUCUAUCACGACUAAAGAAGCCGACUGUCUGUGCAGGUUGGGUGACGUCUAUGUCGAGCGAGGCAAGCGGACAGGAGAAGGUAGGAAAUUCACACAGGCGGCAGCUCUGUAUAACGCCUCCAUGGCACGGUCAAAGAGGGACAAACAAAACUUGCUAUCAAAACUGCAAGAAACAGAAAGGCAGUUUCUUAUUAACACAUGUAACCUAGACUGUGAACCGUGUCCGUAUAGCAGCACGCUAGAUCACAUAAAGGAACUGGACAACAUACGCGCACGUGCAAAAUAUCAGCUGGAAACAAUUCAUCAGGAACACAACCCUUACCAGUAUGAUGAAGAUGAUCCUGUCGUGAGACAGGUAGAGAUCAAACGAGCCGAAGCGAUCAAGAACUUGUUUAAGAGCAUCACAGUUGGAAGACGGGAGUUCACCCAACUACUGACAGAUAAAUGCAUCGCAAAACUCGGACCUCCUCCCUGUAAGUACGCUUUCAUCGGGUUGGGGUCACAAGCCACAGAACUGGUUACGCCGUACUCCGACCUGGAGUUCGCCAUUCUGAUUGAGGAGGGAAAGGAUGGUGAUGAUACACGGAGGUACUUCCUAAAUCUCACACACUGCUUACAUCUAAAAGUCAUCAACCUUGGGGAAACCAUCCUCCCAGCCAUGGCCAUCCCGUCACUCAAUGACUUUCUCUCAGAAGACCCAGAGAAAGACUGGUUCUACGACUCCGUCACUCCUCGCGGCUUCGCUUUUGACGGCUUCAUGCCAUGGGCUUCUAAGACUCCAUUUGGAAGAGACAAAACCAAAAGCAAACCUCAAGUUAGUCUCAUCCAGACUCCUGCCAAGUUGGCCAAGUAUCAGAAUAUCAGAAUCGCCCUGGCGGAAGGUUAUCACCUGUCAGACAUCCUCAGACGGGUGACUUACUUAACGGGCGACGAGUCUUUGGUAGAUGAGUAUACAAGCAUUGUCAACAAAAGCGUAGACCGUUCCCCUGUUCUGUCACGGUUGUCAGCAAUGCUAAUACUGGAGGAUAACAUUCGGGAAAUAAAAAACGUUGAACCAACUGGACAACUUCUUGAUGUCAAGAAAGAAAUAUACCGUUUUCCCAGCGUGGCCGUUGAUGUGUUGAGUAUUUGCUGUGGUAUCACGAUCCCCAGUGUGUGGGGAAUGAUAGAAGAGUUACACAAGACACAGCGGAUCAGUCACGAAGAUGCCCACCACUUGACUGUACUGAUCAGCAUCUCAGCGGAGCUACGGUUAAGGACGUACAUUGCCAAUGUAGGACAGAAGGACAGAUUGUCUCCUCUCACGGAGAUGAAAAUCGAACUGGACAAACAUGGCGUAGAUGACACCUUCGUUGAGUCAGUUUUCCACAUACCAAACUGUAAAAUGUUGUUCAGGUACUACUAUACAGCCUUUCCAUUAAAAAGAUGCAUUAUGGAUACAGUUGAAAAGGAUAAUCAAACAACAAAGAUAUUCCCAACUGCCAUCUUUGACAACUCAGCUCAAACCAGGGGGCAAAUAACACAACAGCUGUUGCAGUUAGAUGCAUCCCUACUUCACUUUGAGGCAGCACUGAAAGAGGCGGAUGAUGACAAGGAAAAGCAGUUUAACAUACUUUUCGCGUUAGGCAGUGUCUCGCACAGUCGCGGUGACUAUGAGAUAGCAAUCAGCUACUACAAACGGGCACUUAGCACUGGAAAUACUAUUUAUGCAGGCAACGAAAUGCGUUCUGUAUUUUCCUCGUUACUUGGAAACAUUGGGACAUGUUGGAGCGGCCUUGGCGAUCAGAGGAAAGCUAUCAGUUAUUACGAAGAAUCAUUGAAGAUUGAUAAAACUAUCUAUGGUGAAACAACGCCACAUCCUGACAUUGCUUCAUCACUAAACAACAUUGGAAACUGUUGGAGUCGCCUUGGUGAUCAGAGGAAAUCUAUCAGUUAUCACGAACUGUCACUGAAGAUGUUUGAAGCUAUCUAUGGUGAAACAACGCCACAUCCCGACAUUGCUUCAUCACUAAACAACAUUGGGAACUGUUGGAAUGAGCUCGGUGAUCAGCGAAAAGCUAUCAGUUAUUACGAACAGUCACUUAAGAUGGAGAAAGCAAUCUAUGGCGAAACAACGCCACAUCCGGGCAUUGCUUCCUCACUAUAGAACAUUGGAAGCUAUUGGAGUCGCCUGGGUGAUCAGAGAAAAGCUAUCAGUUAUUGCGAACAGUCACUUAAGAUGGAGAAAGCUAUCUAUGGUGAAACAACGCCACAUCCCGACAUUGCUUCCUCACUAAACAGCAUUGGAAGCUGUUGGAGUCGCCUUGGUGAUCAGAGAAAAGCUAUCAGUUAUUACGAACAGUCACUGAAGAUGAGGAAAGCAAUCUAUGGCGAAACAACGCCACAUCCUGACAUUGCUUCCUUACUAAACAACAUUGGAGGCUAUUGGAGUUGCUUUGGUGAUCAGAAAAAAGCUAUCGGUUUUUACGAACAGUCACUGAAGAUGUGGAAAUUUAUCUAUGGCGAAACAACACAACACCCCCACAUUGCUUCAUCACUAAACAACAUCGGGAGAUGUUGGAGUGAACUUGGUGAUCAGAGAAAAGCUAUCAGUUAUCACGAACUGUCACUGCAAAUAAGGAAAGCUAUCUUUGGCGAAACAUCGCCACAUCCGGGCAUUGCUUCAUCACUAAACAACAUUGGGAGCUGUUGGAAUAAGCUUGGUGAUCAGAGAAAAGCUAUCAGUUAUUACGAACAGUCACUUAAGAUGGAGAAAGCUAUCUUUGGUGAAACAACGCCACAUCCUAAAAUUGCUUCCUCACUAAACAACAUUGGAGGCUGUUGGAGUCGCCUCGCUGAUGAGAGAAAAGCUAUCAAUUAUUACGAACUGUCACUGAAGAUGAUGAAAGCAAUAUAUGGCGAAGCAACGCCACAUCCUGACAUUGCUUCAUCAUUCAAUAACAUUGGGAUAUGUUGGCUUCACCUUGGUGAUCAGAGAAAAGCUAUCAGUUAUCACGAACAGUCACUGAAGAUGUGUAAAUUCAUCUAUGGCGAAACAACACCACA